GUUUAUCAUUUCCAAAUGAGCAUUCACACCGUGAUUUUUUUCUCAGGACAUCACACUAUUUUCUUUUGCCCUUUUUCCUUUAGAGACAUGCAUCAAAUUCUUGAUGCCUAUGAAAAUAAGAAACCAUUUUAUCUGUAUACGGGCAGGGGCCCUUCUUCUGAAGCAAUGCACGUAGGUCACCUCAUCCCGUUUAUCUUCACAAAGUGGCUGCAGGAUGUGUUCAAUGUGCCCUUGGUCAUCCAGAUGACCGAUGACGAGAAGUACCUGUGGAAGGACCUGACCCUGGACCAGGCCUAUGGCUACGCUGUGGAGAACGCCAAGGACAUCAUCGCCUGCGGCUUUGACAUCAAGAAGACUUUCAUCUUCUCUGACCUUGACUACAUGGGGAUGAGCCCAGGCUUCUACAAGAACGUGGUGAAGAUACAGAAGCACGUCACCUUCAACCAAGUGAAAGGCAUCUUUGGCUUCACUGACAGUGACUGCAUCGGGAAGAUCAGUUUUCCUGCCAUCCAGGCCGCUCCCUCCUUCAGCAACUCAUUCCCCCAGAUCUUCCGAGACCGGACAGAUGUCCAGUGCCUCAUCCCGUGUGCCAUCGACCAGGACCCAUACUUCAGGAUGACCAGAGACGUGGCCCCCAGGAUCGGCUACCCUAAGCCAGCCCUGCUGCACUCGACCUUCUUCCCCGCCCUGCAGGGGGCCCAGACCAAGAUGAGUGCCAGCGACCCCAACUCCUCCAUCUUCCUCACGGACACGGCCAAGCAGAUCAAGACCAAGGUCAACAAGCACGCGUUCUCCGGAGGCAGAGGCACCACUGAGGAGCACCGGCUGUUUGGGGGCAACUGCGACGUGGACGUGUCCUUCAUGUACCUGACCUUCUUCCUGGAGGGUGACGACAGGCUGGAGCAGAUCAGGAAGGAUUAUACCAGCGGGGCCAUGCUCACCGGCGAGCUCAAGAAGGAGCUCAUAGAAGUUCUGCAGCCCUUGAUCGCCGAGCACCAGGCCCGGCGCAAGGAGGUCACAGACGAGAUAGUGAAAGAGUUCAUGACUCCCCGGAAGCUGUCCUACGACUUUGAGUAACGCUCACUUUCUAUACGCUUAGUAAGAGAUGUAAUUUACCAAGAAUCCCAGCCCAGUUGAAUCACCACUUCCCUUAGGCUGUGUCGCACGGUAAUUACUGGCCUGGUGUCUAUAAGCCCUCUGUGUGUAUCAAUGCUCUUUCUUCUGCUGAAUGUCAUUCCCUGUCUCCUGUGAGCAUAGCCCUGUGGGGUGAUUGGGUGCCGGGUAAUACUGAGUGGUCACACAGACAAGUCCAGCUGGAGUCUCCCACAGAGCAGCCCCAAGGAUGUGCAGCCUUGGGCUGGAUGUCCACUGGCCAGCCUGUUCUGGUCCACAGGACAGCUCCUGUUUGAAGGCAUCCUACGUCCAAACAUACUCUUAAACGUGCUCUGUCAAAGAAUAUGUAGUCUAUGUAUGCAUACCUGGAAUCAAGAUGUUAUUAUCAUAAAACCAAAAAGAAGUGCUUCGAAAAGUUGAUAUGGGGAAGCUUAAUGGGCACAAGAGGCAUUUCAGCACAUGACCCCCCAAAAUUAAAAGAGAAGUGCUGGCCAAAAGCUUUGCUAAACAUUUAACCAAGAGAUCGCUCAGCUUGAAAGCUGCCUUAAACGUUUCUAAAUAUUGGCCAGAGUGGGCCAGUUUUUACUCACUUGAGUCUUUUGUGGGUGAAACUUCCCAGUUUACAUACUAAACUCCAGACCAUGCAUGUACUGUACUCCAGGAAUCAUGCUGUUUUCCCUGAACGUACUAAUAUUUUGUUUGCACCAAGUAAUCCUAGACACUCCAUCCUGAGAACUGAUGGCUGCUUUGCUCUGAUUGUGCCAGACGCUGAGGGGAGUCCGUUGCCUUUGCAGGUGCUUUUGUUUUGACACUUGACUGGCGUGGAAGUCUGUCUGCACAGAGCAGUGUCCUGCCUGUGCCCCAGACGGGUGGGCACAGCUAGGCAGCGUGCGGCAGCCCUCGAGGCCCUCGGCUGUGUGUCCAUGGGAGGCCCGUUUAACCGAGCACCCUGUGUAGUUUCGGAAAAGCAGCGGCCUGUCUCGGGGAAGCCCUGGGUCCAAUAGCCUGCCCUUGCUGGAGGUGCAGGGUCCACUGCUGGGUGCCCUGCUCUGGUCUCACUCGUGACAGAUAAACUUCCUUUGGUCCCGCCUGUG